AUGGCAUAUUCAUUUGAUUCUGGUGAAGAGGAGGAUUGGGCUGGGGAUGGGUUGAAUAUAGUGCAUCCGGCUGGUUUGGGUAGUUAG